AUGGCUACACCCUUUCCCAUUCCUCUCACCGCUGCUCAGGUCGGGACUUACUUCGUCAGACAGUACUACCAUAUCCUUCAGAAUCAACCCGAGUUCGUUCAUCAGUUCUACUCAGAUGCUAGUACCAUGCUUCGUAUCGACAGAAACGCUAGAGAAACUGUCGCCGCAAUGCUCCAAAUCCAUGCACUGGUUAUGUCACUCAGCUAUACUAGAAUUGAAAUCAAGACUGCACACUCUUUGGAUUCUUGGAGUGGUGGUGUUAUUGUGAUGGUUUCUGGACCUGUGCAAAUUAAGGACAACUUGCGGAGGAAAUUUAUGCAGACGUUCUUCCUUGCACCCCAAGAAAAAAGGCAGUCUUGUUAG